CCCUCUUGCCGAUCUCGCCGUCAGGUCAGGAGUGGCUACGAAGCAUGGCGCUCCAUUCUUGUGUAUCUCGAGCGCGAUCCGCUAUUCCGCGCCUUUGACAGUCAGCAUGUGUCAAACGAUUGGUGAUUAACGUCGCCGAACGUCGCCGAACGUCGCCGAAUUCACCGUAGGCUCGAAUGGUUCAUCGCUGUAAGAGGAGAGAUUUUGGCUUAUAAGAUUGACAUCGGGGCAAUUAUAAAAUGCUGCCACUUUCGCACAGUCCACGUGAUUCACGUUCCAACUUCCGCAGUAGAGUGAAAGAGAAGCUGUUGGGUUGGAAACGUCUCAUCUUUUCCGAUCCAAAUACCCGGAAUUUAUUCCUGUUUCUGAUUCUCAACUUGUCCUUCGCUUUCGUCGAACUGCUAUAUGGAAUAUGGACCAACAGUCUCGGCCUCAUCUCGGACAGUUUUCACAUGUUCUUCGACUGCACUGGUUUAUUGUUUGGUUUAGCGGCAUCCGUCAUUACAAGGUGGAGAGCGAAUGAGAGAUACUCGUUUGGAUAUGUUAGAGCCGAGGUUUUAGGCGGCUUUGUAAACGGGUUGCUCCUUUUAUUCAUAGCCCUGUUCAUUAUGUCAGAAGCGGUGGAGAGGGCAAUCGAACCGCCGGAAAUAAAACAUGAGAGACUAUUUAUGGUUUCUGUCUUGGGACUUAUAGUGAAUUUAGUAGGAAUAUAUGCAUUUCAACAUGGGCACGGCCAUGGACAUGGACAUGGUCACAGCCACAGUCAUAAUCAUGGUACGAAAGGACAUCAUGGUCACACCCAUGACAAUCACUAUUCUCUCCUGAAUCACAAUUCUGAUCAUCAUGUCGAAGUCGAAAUGUCAUUCAGUGGGACAAACUCGCAAAUCAUGAAGGGCGUAUUCCUGCACAUACUUGCGGAUACACUCGGCUCCGUGGGCGUGAUCGUAUCGGCAGUGUUGAUGCAAAUGUUCGGUUGGAUGAUUGCCGAUCCGAUUUGCUCUAUGCUCAUAGCAGUAUUGAUAGUGUUAAGUGUAGUUUCGUUGAUGAAAGAAUCGUGGGAGAUACUUAUGCAGAGACAGCCGGUAGCUCUAGAUCACAUUCUACCGCAGUGUUACAACAAAGUGACGCAGAUACCUGGCGUGUACAGCGUACAGGAACCACACUUCUGGACACUGUGCUCGGACGUGUACGUCGGAUGCCUGAAAUUGGAAGUAGCCAGAGAAGUGGAUCCCAAAUCUGUCGUGAUAACGACCCAAAAGAUUUUCCAAGCGGCGGGCGUGAGACACCUUACGGUUCAGUUAGACUAUGCUCCCAUGUGAUCUACGAAAAGCACGACGCGCGUUGUGGAAUAUUCUUACAAAUGUACCAGAAGUGUAUUUAUCUGCGGGCUUUGCCGCAAGGAGACGAGAAACACGACGGUGCCACAAAUUGUCUUCGCCGCGUCAAAAGUCGGUGAUUGUACGUAUUUCAACGGCAAUCAAUUUUGUCUUGGACUACAGAUUGUUUGAGAAUUGUGUAUGCCUUAUAGAAAAACUCUGCUGAUACAGUAUUGAUCGAAAAACAAUUCGAAAAAAAAUAUAGAAGAAUACCAACAAAAUCAAAUUACUAGCUUAAUCAUUUUUAAAACGCAAAUAUGUACAAUUAAAGAACAAAUCUAUUUCUCAUCCAGACACAUUAGGUAUUAAAAACAUCAGUCAGUUACAUCUCUAUUCCAAAAUCUUUGAAUAAAUAUUGCUAUUUAACUUUAUACAAAUACCUCAUUAUUACCAGAGUGCAGGCUUAUUUCUCUGUUUGUACGAACUUUUACUUGUAACUAUUUGUCUAACUAAGCAUUUCCGAACCAGGUUUAAUUUAGCUCUAUCGUAAUGUAAGAAUAGCAUUGCUUAGAUUUUUUAUUUUUGGAAUGAUACUUUAAGGUGCAUCUGUAAGUAUAUUUUUAAUAAGACCUCUAAGACAAUGUGAACAAAAGAAUGUGCUGAAUUUUAAAUAAUUGGACCACUGAUUUAUUAUUUAUAUAGAAUUAAAUUAUUGUAAGCUUGUAAUAACACAAAUGGCCAUAGCAAUCUGAGGACAGCUGUAGAAAGCUAGUCAUAUCUGUGCAAGCAACAGUGGAAAAUAUGUACAGUAAGUAACAUACAUAAUGAAAUUUUUGCGAAUACUUUUACAUAACAAAUUCAUUAUUUUAUACGUUGAUCUAAAAAAAAGGUUGCAAUUUGUAUUUUCCGUCCAUGCUAAGUACUAUCUUCCUUUGUUAAAGUGAUAUAUUGAAUUAAUAAAUGUAUAACUUAGCAUGUGUGGAAUAUUUGUUAAAUAAUAUUGGUUGUAUAUAAUAUACAACUGCUGAAGAUAAAUUUACAUUAUUUAUAUAUAAUUUAAAGUUAUAACUGUGUUAUAAUUAUAAUUAUUAGAAAUACCGAUAUUGUAGGCAAAUAAAAUAUUUAUUGGAGUACUAAAUUAAUGAUGAAAGAUUGAAACCUAUAAAGGCAUGUAAGCCAAGAUCCAAAGAAUUCAAAGGAAAAUAUAUGUGUGUGUUCUUUCUCUUCUAGAAAAUAUUUUGUUCUUAAUUUACAAUUAAAUUUUUUUUUUAGACGCCAUUUUUCUAGGUUUUUAAGAAAGCUAUGGAUAAUCGAAAAAUGGUAUCGUUAAACGCAAUGUUUUUUUCUAAAUUUCUUAAUUUCACACACACAAUUAGGUAAUAGACAUGGCUCGAAACAUUUAGAGUAACAAUGACAAUUUCAUCGCAUUUCUACGACUGUAGAGAGAUUGAUAGGAGUAGCGCGACAUUUACACACGUAUUCUACAUGUAUCAUGUUAAUAUACAUAGAUAUUAUUCGAGACAUUACUUCCAAGUAUGACACAGGUCAAAUUGUUAACUAUUAUGUUAUGAAUAAUAGGAUAUGAAAUUAUUACGGUCGCUAUUGACUUCAUGCAGAGACGAUCGUGUUUAUAUAUCGCGAUAUUAGAUGCGACGAUUGAUUUUCUUUUUCCAGACAAAUACGAUAAGAGCGAAUAUUUGUAUAACGACGCAUGAGAGAAUGCAUCAUGCUUUGCGGAUCUUUGUUACGUUUUUCCAAUAUCUUCAUUGUAUAGACUUAUGAAUGCGCGGAUGCGUGAUUAUUAUAAAUGGGACAUGUAAAUAUAAUAAAGAUACAUACUUACAA